ACUCAAGUUGCAAACUCUGAUCAUGAAAUACCGUUUCCUGAGAGACAUGGAGAGGGAUGGCCAUGAAUCAACUUAAGGGCUGGACUCAUCAUUUUGCCAUCCAUCUUCAGAGAAAAGAUUGAAGACUACCAGUACAUCACUUUGGAAGAGAAGGAUUCUGCUACACCCUAUGCAACAAAUCAACUCAUGGAUAAAGAGUGGAAGACUGCGAUGACCAGUGCUGGGCUCAGUGUGGUGAAAGCAGAUGGAGUACAUGUGUGCCCCUACAUGGAUCCUGAUGAAGCCUGUAAAACAGCUUUCAGUAUGUACUUUGUUUUCAACACUGCUCACCACACCUGAUAAACACCCUGACCCAGAGGUGCAUUGUAGAAGAGGGAGACAAGACUUUGCCUUUAACUGUACUCAGAGACAUUACCAAUCUGUGCUAGAUCAUCAUGCCUCAGUUGUGUGUCUGCCCCAAAUGCAUGCGAAGGACCGUUACUCUAGUUAAGUUAAUCCAGCACAUUGGGCUUGUUCAUGUCCAUUAACCAGGUUUUAAGUAUCAUCUGUGGUAUUAGUGAAUACCAGGCAACUUUUUCCCAGUUCCAAUCUUUUAGGAAAAGUGUGUACAGGAAGCAUCAAUGCUCUGUCUUUUAGUCUUCUGACACUGAGGGGCACGGUGAGGAUGCCAGUGCAGAACAACUUAUACUGUAAUCAACAAGAUUCUGAAGUAGAACCAUGUGCUCCUGAUCCUCAAAUAUUUGAGCCAAAUUUAGAUGCACCACUGGUGGAGAUUAGAGAUAAUCUAUUCAGUUUUGUUUUUAAAUGCAGAGAGAAAAACCUUUUACAUUUGUCAGUUCAACAAGAGAUAACUGAUGAUCAAUUUUUUUCUUCUUUUUUUUCAUUGAAAACUAUGAUAUUGCUUAUCUUGAAAAAAAGCAGUUUUGAUGUUUCAAAAUGUUCUGAACUUGAGCAAGUUUUACCUGAUUGUUUUGAUGGUGACUGAAGAACAUUGUAAGGACAAGAUGGACUAUACAGAACCUGUGCACUVUGUGGGAACACAUGAAGGACUUAGUCUUAUGAUUUUAAUCUGAAGUUUUGCAGAACUACUGUUCUCAUGAAUAUGUCUGGGAUGAAAUAGUAUCUGAAACAAAUGAAAUCAAAGAUAAAGAUACUCUGAAAAAUUAAGGAACGUGUUUUUCAAGGAGCAUCCAAAUGCUUUAAGGCUUCAUUUAUAAGAAGAUGAAUUUGAAAUUGUUCACUCUUUAGAAUCAAUGAGAGCAAAAUAUAAGUUUUGUACAUUUUACUACACUAUUGAUAACAGUUUCUAUGUUGGAUUAAGAUGUUCUGCAUAAACAUUUGUACAAAUUUUGCAAGGGUAUCGGACUAUAUAACGAGACAACCUGCUUGUAACACAUCCUCUUUGUUCUACUCAGUUGUAUAUUGUUUAGCUUUUGUGGUAAAGACAAAUGUUUUUAGAACAUUGUACUAAUAGAAUACACUGAGAAUGGGCAUGUUCACAUUUAUCUCACUAGAGGUACAGAAAUGUUCUUUUAAAGGUACAGACAAUAAGGUACAAAAUUGUUCCUAGGUUUGGAGGUACAAUAUUGUCCUCCACUAGGGUACAGCUGGAGCGACAAAGCCUUUGUACCUUUUUAGGUCCAUAUCUGUACCUCUAUUUUUUUGUGUGUAGAACCAAGCU